CUCAUGUACAGAGUUUAACAGAUGCUGGGCAGAGCACCUGCUUGCUGUAGCCAAGGCUGCAGGUUUCCUUAAUUCCAAGCCAUGAAUGAAUCCAGGUGGAUUGAAUGGAAGAUCCUGAACGUGAGCAGUGGCAUUGUGAAUACAUCCGAACGUCACUCCUGCCCACUUGGAUUUGGCCACUACAGUGCGGUGGAUGUCUGCAUCUUUGAGACAGUUGUUAUUGUCUUACUGACAUUUCUAAUCAUUGCUGGCAAUUUAACGGUCAUCUUUGUCUUUCACUGUGCUCCACUCUUACACCAUUAUACUACCAGCUGUUUCAUUCAGACAAUGGCAUAUGCUGAUCUUUUCGUUGGAGUUAGCUGCUUGGUUCCUACUCUCUCACUUCUCCACUACUCCACAGGUAUCCACGAGUCAUUGACUUGCCAGGUUUUUGGAUAUAUCAUCUCAGUUCUGAAAAGUGUUUCUAUGGCAUGUCUUGCUUGCAUUAGUGUGGAUCGCUAUCUUGCAAUAACGAAGCCUCUUUCCUACAAUCAACUGGUCACCCCUUGUCGCCUGAGAAUUUGCAUUAUUUUAAUCUGGAUCUACUCUUGCCUAAUUUUCUUGCCUUCCUUUUUUGGAUGGGGGAAACCUGGUUACCACGGUGACAUUUUUGAAUGGUGUGCCACCUCUUGGCUCACCAGUGCCUAUUUUACUGGCUUUAUUGUUUGUUUACUAUAUGCUCCUGCUGCCUUUGUUAUCUGCUUCACUUACUUCCACAUUUUCAAAAUUUGCCGGCAGCACACCAAAGAAAUAAAUGAUCGGAGGGCCCGAUUCCCUAGCCAUGAGGUGGAUGCUUCUGGAGAGACUGGGCACAGCCCUGACCGUCGCUACGCCAUGGUUUUGUUUCGGAUAACCAGUGUGUUUUACAUGCUGUGGCUCCCCUAUAUCAUUUACUUUCUUCUUGAAAGCUCCCGGGUCUUGGACAAUCCAACACUAUCAUUCCUGACAACCUGGCUUGCUAUAAGUAAUAGUUUUUGUAACUGUGUAAUAUACAGCCUUUCCAACAGUGUUUUCCAGCUAGGCCUCCGAAGACUGUCCAAGACAAUGUGCACAUCUUGUGUGUGUGUGAAGGAUCAGGAAGCACGAGACCCCAAACCUAGGAAACGGGCGAAUUCCUGCUCCAUUUGAAGAGAACUACACAGUAAAUCAAAUGUAAUCUGACAGUGGUUUUGGAUUGUACUCUUGUUUCAUUUGGAAAUUUGCCACUAGAGAAAUAUUUACUUGAAUAGUUUACUAUGAGGUGAAGGGACUAAAGGUUUCUUUUUUUUUUUUUUCCUUUUUACAUGUAAAAAAAGCUUAAGAAAAGGAUGUAUGGAGGGUAAUCUCAUGAGAUAAUUAUAGUGUGUGAGUAUAAAUGUGCACUAAUAGGAAAAAUUAAGCACUGAGAAUGAAAAAAGUAUCUGAGAUCUUCCACAGGACCUGGGCAAAGCCCCUCGGCGUCUCUGUCUUGUCUGACUGAACUCUCUCCUCUAUCCCUGGCUCUCAUUCUGUCUGUCUGUCUGUCUCGCUCACUCUCUGUGUCUUGUGUUUGUAGAAAUUACUUGCAUAAAUUGCCCUUCAUAGAAAAAUGCUACAUAUUAUAUAUGUGGCAAAGUAUAAUCUUUUGUGUCAAAGUGUACUUUUAAGCACACUCAUCUAUGAUCUCUAAGUGGUCUCUCCAUGGAGGAUGCAUAGUAAGCGUUGUAUUUUGUUACCUGCCACACAACCCUAUUUCUUGUGUUUUUAUAACAUCUGCAGCACAAAUUUUCUGCUAUGGACAAAAAGAAAGAGUACUUUUGUUUCUUCUGAGAAAAAUUAUUCUUGCUUCCCCUUCUUCCUAACAGCGUGCUAUUUUUUUCUUUCCAUUUUUCUUGAUCUGUAUCCUUUGGUACCUUAAUCCAGAAGUGUCUUAGCUAAUGAAGAAGAAUCUACUAAAUAAAGCAAUUGUGAUGUUAAAUAAUUUAUUCCUUCUAACAAAGCAAUCUAUAGCCUAUUUAAGAUACUGUGUUAAGUGUUUUUAAUGCUUUGGGAAACAUUUUUAUCUGGUUUCUUUUAAAUUAGUUCGUGUGUCCAAAGUGGUAUCUUUUUGCUACAGUGAAGCUUUGUUUUUCUUUUAGAAAAUCCACAAAUAGUUCUAAGGCAUAUGCCGAGUACUCACCCAGAAGUAAGAUAUGUGUCUUAAAGCUACUUGGUGCAUCCAUUUUUUUUUAGAGUGAAAUAUUAACUUUUUUGUGUUGGGUCUACAAAGCUUACUGUUAUGUCCACUAAUCAUUUGUGUGAUAUGCAUUUGCACAUACCGUAUUUUUUACAACAAAGAAAAUGUAAAUUAUAUUAUGUCAUCUGUGCCUAAUGUUUUCUUAGCACAAUAUAUAGAUCAAUGUCGCUUAAGGCAUCAACACUGGAAAAAAACCCACAAAAACUUCUUUUAAGAGAAAAAUACUUUUCGUGUAGCUGUUAUUUAGAUAGUUAUAUUAGACCAAGCUGCAUUCAUAGUGCUGCUGAGAAUACAAUAUACUUAAUUAUGAAAUACAGGUAAGAGCUAUCAGUAUUUUCUUUUGUGAUGAUCUGUUUUCAUAUUCAGAGAUUAAACCUGUUUUUUAGUGUGCUGUAUGGAAUUGUGUAAUAAAUUGUCAGGGGUUUAAAUGUAGCAAAAUGGCAUUUGAGGAAUUAGUAGUAAAGCAGGUGUGAGUGAUAAAACAUCUAAAUCUUAGUUUUAUACCAUAAGUUUCGUGCCUGAUAGAUAUUUUAAAAUUUAUAUGAAAUUAGUAUUUUUCUCCUCAGCACUUUUGAUUUCUCUGUUUUAUGAAAUGCAUUUAAUGAAAUGUGCCUAUGACUCUUCAAAUUGGAAGCCAACCAUGUUUGCACACUGGUGGUUUGACUUCAGAGGUCCUUUAGGUCAUCAUUUUAUUGAGGUUGUUCCAAACCCAUGUAUAUUUUUAAACAUGUAAGAAAGG